CAUCUCAGCAGCAUCAGACUGUGAUACCAGACGCGCCCAGAGGACAUCUCCGUUUAUCUUCUACAUUAUUAUUAAUAUUACCGAUUGUAGGGUUUAUAAGUAUUGCAGUGCAUGCUUAAUGUACUUGAUCAAUCUUAGGGUAUUUAUUUGUUAUCUAUCACGUAGUAAUUGAUCACUGGAACAUUCUUCACUAUUGGGAGGGUUUGGUGAUAUUUUUUCCAUUCAUACCGGAGCUGAACAAACGGAUUUCUCAUUUUUUAUUAUUAUUAUUAUUAUUAUUAUUCUUGAGAAUGAACAAAACCCCUGCAAACACAAAGACGAGUCGUUUUGACCGUGCUCCAGACAUGGACUGCAGCAGUUCCAACAGCAACCAGUACAUGCCCCCCAAAGUUCCCCUCAAUGGAAUGAUCAAAGCCCCUGCAAACACAAAGAUGAGUCGCUUUAACGUCGAUCCAGACAUAGACAGCAGCAUUUCCAACAGCAACGAGUACACGAGUUAUCAGCACUGUCCCACCAAAGUUCCCCUCAAUGGAAUGAUCAAAGCCCCUGCAAACACAAAGAUGAGUCGCUUUAACGUCGAUCCAGACAUAGACAGCAGCAUUUCCAACAGCAACGAGUACACGAGUUAUCAGCACUGUCCCACCAAAGUUCCCCUCAAUGGAAUGCAAUAUACCGAUGUGGACGCAGAAAGUCAGAACUUCCUCUCUGAUCAUCAACUGGGCAAGAAGAAAUACGAAGCUGAAUAUAGCCCUGGUUCAGCAUCGUUCGGGAUGUCGGUGUUUAACUUGGGCAAUGCCAUCAUGGGAAGUGGAAUCCUGGGACUUUCCUAUGCCAUGGCCAACACUGGCAUUGCCAUGUUUGUGAUCCUGCUGGUUGCCGUGGCCAUUUUCUCCCUCUACUCAGUCCAUUUGCUGCUCAAAACGGCCAAUGAAGGAGGUUCUCUGGUGUACGAACAGCUGGGGUACAAGGCCUUCGGGAUUCCCGGCAAACUGGCGGCGUCCUGCUCUAUCACCAUGCAAAACUUCGGAGCUAUGGCAAGCUACCUCUACAUUGUGAAGUACGAGCUCCCCAUCGUCAUUAAGGCCUUCUUGGACAGCAAUGACAACUCGUGGUACACUAAUGGAGAUUAUCUGGUGCUGAUCGUCACUAUGGCUAUCAUACUGCCGCUCUCGCUGCUUAGAAACCUGGGUUAUCUGGGAUACACUAGCGGUUUCUCCUUGUUGUGCAUGGUGUUCUUCCUGAUUGUGGUGAUCUACAAGAAGUUCCAGAUCCCCUGUCCGUUACCGGAGAACUUCAUUAACAUCACAGUGAACGUCUCUCAGCCGCAGGUCAACACUACUGAUGAAGAGUGCUGCAAACCCAAGUACUUCGUCUUCAACUCACAGACUGUGUAUGCGGUGCCCAUCCUGACCUUCGCGUUUGUGUGCCACCCGGCUAUUCUGCCCAUGUACGAGGAGCUCAAAGAUCGUUCCAGAAGGAAGAUGCAGAACGUUGCAAAUGUCUCGUUCCUGGGAAUGUUUGUCAUGUAUCUGUUGGCUGCUCUGUUUGGAUACCUGACCUUCAACGAGGCCGUUGAACCCGAGCUCCUGCACACUUACUCAAAGGUCUACAAUUUCGACGUGGUGCUUCUGAUCGUGCGUUUUGCCGUCCUGACCGCCGUGACGCUGACGGUGCCCGUGGUUCUCUUCCCAAUCCGCACCUCAGUCAACCAGCUGCUCGGCGCCUCCAAAGAUUUCAGCUGGCCUCGUCACAUCUGCAUCACCGUCGCUCUGCUCGUCUGCGUCAACAUCCUCGUCAUCUUCGUUCCCACCAUCAGAGACAUCUUCGGAUUCAUCGGUGCGUCCGCUGCUGCUAUGCUGAUCUUCAUCCUUCCCUCGGCCUUCUACAUCAAACUGGUGAAGAAGGAGUCCAUGAAAUCUGUCCAGAAGAUCGGGGCGACUUUGUUCCUCAUCGUGGGAUUCAUGGUGAUGAUCUGCAGCAUGGCUUUGAUCAUCGCAGACUGGAUCCACAACGCAGCAUCUUCAGGCGAGCACGCCGACGGCCACUAGUGGGCGUGUCCUAACCCUGAUUGACAGGCAGAUGGGCGGAACUGAGCCGCUUACACUGCAACUGAGAACUAGAAGAAGCUGCUCAAUUUCCAGCACAGAGCAAAGACAAACAUCCCAUUCUGAGAGAAUGUCCUGAACUUUGUACAGUAUGCUGUUAGGCCACACAGAUGGUGAUCCACUCGUAUUGUUGUGCUUCUUUUUUUGGUUGAUUUGCUUUUCUUUUGUGUUGUUCUUCCGGUACAGCUGAGUUUUCAGUGGUACGUCGCACACGUGCAUCAUUCUCUGUUUUCAGGUUAGGCGUUUCGUACUCACAACCAAAACUGAUUUCACGAUCAACACUGAGCGGAGCGUCGCCUGCAGAUGCGUGUUCGAACCGUUUGUACCUUUGCCAAAAAUAUUGGUGUUUGUAUGUAGAAAAGCACUUACUCUUUUUUCAGCAAAUGUGAAAAAACUGUAAUUUUGCACAUCUUGGCUGUGCUUUAAACGCAUUCGUUACGAUGCCAUUUAUACUGUACUACUUGAGUCACCUUUACCUGUCGUGUAGAUCUACUAAUGAACAAAUAUUGAUUUGUAGUUGUUGAUUUCAGACAGGUGGAACGGCUGAAUGAAUUUACUGUAACUUAUUUAAACCCUGAAGACAACGAUGGGUGCUUCACAGUCAACAUGAGACGCAGCUAACAGGGAAUGUUUGCAGAACGUUCUAGCAAAGGUUAUUAACAAACUUGAACAGAACGUUCGUUCCAAAAAUGUUAAAAGAACCUUCCAGUAACGCUAAUAGAACGUUCGUUCAAAGUUGGACGUUACUGUAACAUUUUUUAAAUGUUGCAGCUUGUUUCAGAACAUUCAGAGAACAUCCAAAAGUAACUUUCCCAUAAUGUUUGCAAAAUGUUCAGAAAUAACAUUUUUAUCAUCAAAACUACACAUUCUUGGUCUAAUGAUGAACAUUUCAUCCUUGCACAUUAUCUGAAAUGGCUGCUCAGCUGACGUCACAUCGAAAUGAUGUUUACCAGCAGUCAAAUAACUACUCAUUCAUUGUUUUUGACUGUUUUAGGUUAUUCAGCUUUUCUAAAACAUUAAUACAAAUGCACUAAUAGCGAAUAAUGAUUAAAAAAAGAGUUGAAUAUCCUGUUUCACUCUAACAUUUGUCACAUUACAGAAAUAAACGAGUAGCUGGUUGUCGCUUCAUGUUGACUUGAAAGCUUGACCGUAUGAUUGUCAGUUGUUUUGCUUUGUAAACCGCAGAAUCGAAUGGCAGAACGUUGUUGCCGAGGGGAAAAGAGACCAUUAGUGUUUAACUUGACUUACCUUUUCAGUGUUUGCCAUCGGCAGCUUGAAGUUACGCCAUGAACGAGAGACGAUUGACUGACAGACAGAGGAGUGUGUGUCGUCCACUAAUCAGCUGUUAUUAGUGUGGUGAAUGGAGAGGUCAUGUGACCACCGUCUCUCUCACACACACACACACACACACUGUGCUUCCAACAGCUAAACCUCAUGUGUCAUCCAACAUGUUACUCUCCAGCCGUUAUUUAUGGAAAAACAUCAGUGUAAUUUAAUCUAUUUUACUAUAUUUAUAUAUAUAUAUAUAUUGUACAUAUGUGUAUAUACCACAAAUGAAGUGUAUAUAUGCUGUCGUUCAUUCUUGUUAUUUUCUCAAUUUUACUCAACAUGUUUGAAAUAUUAAAAUGGCUUUAGAUGUCCCUAGGUGUGUGUCGGGGCCCCUGAUCGGCCCCUCUUCAUCUGGCUGUGAAUGUCAAAGUGAGCACACGGUUCCUAUAGGCUUGUGAUCGGCCCUGACACACACACACCUUUCACCUUACUACUAAAAUGCUGUACUCAGACCCGAGAGGGGUGAAGCGCUCCUCAUGUACAAGAGGCCAUUCCUGCGAAUGAUACGCUCUUGUUUCAAUGAAACACUAUGUAUAUCAUGUAAUUAAUGUCUAUUAAAGGUUCAUGAUAACCCA